AUGCAUGAAAUUGAGGACGAACUACCAGUGGGGCCCCGAGAUGCGGACGCCAUUGGUGCUUGGACUUUGUUUGUACAGUCAAACCCCGAUAAAGCGCCACCCUUGCCAACUGCCAACAUGUUGAAUGAAACAAAUCUCCUCUAUGUAUUCGUCGUGACUCCAGCCGUUGUGAUGGCCCGCACAACUGGGCCACCAGCAUCACCCUGGAACUCUCAAAUUCGUUAA